CAAACUUGCUGUGAACAACGUCCAGGCCAUCCUCUCUCUGUGCGCAAAAAAUCAGGGCAAAAGGAGAUGGUCGCGAAAAGCAGGUUUUUUGAGGUUAUGGCGCGAUUUCUUGCACCACGGCAUGGGCGCUACCGUGCUGUGGCGCGAGUUUUCAGCCUGUUUUCGCCCAUCCACGGCAUAUCUCAAAAUCCAUGCAUUUUUCCCCAUGCCACCCUCGGUCUUUUUGGUAGAUAAUCACCUCAGGAUGCUGCCUGCAAAUUUUCGUGGCCUUUCGACGCGUAUUCUGCCCGUUUUGGAUUUUACAAGGAAAAACUUUCCAAAAUUCAUAUAAAAAAAUCUGCUUGACCAAAUCGCCCCAAACUUGCUGUGAACAAAAUCCAGGCCAUCCUCUCUCUGUGCGCAAAAAAUCAGGGCAAAAGGAGAUGGUCGCGAAAAUCAGGUUUUUUGAUGUUAUGGCGCGAUUUCCUGCACCAUGGCAUGGGCGCUACCCUGCUGUGGCGCGAGUUUUCAGCCUGUUUUCGCCCAUCCACGGCAUAUCUCAAAAUCCGUGCAUUUUUCCCCAUGCCACCCUCGGUCUUUUUGGUAGAUAAUCACCUCAGAUGCUGCCUGCAAAUUUUCGUGGCCUUUCGACGCGUAUUCUGCCCGUUUUGGAUUUUACAAGGAAAAUCCUUCCGAAAUUCCUAUAAAAUAAUUCCCUCGUC